CCAUAUUGCCCCUGGGGGGGAAAGAGACAUUGGUCUCACUGGGUUUCUUUUAUUUGAUUGAUGUGUACUUCUACUAAGUACAGCGUGUGAGUACAAUUACCACUUCUGUUUUCAAAUACAAUAUUUUUAAGCAUUGUAAUCGAGGAAACCGUAUUUGGCUGGUUUUGCGUUUUCUCUCCAGAAGUUAACACCAACAUUCAUCGUCGGUAGAGAUUGCACGUGUAGUGGUCAACUACCGGUCCACUUGACUGUCCUUUACUGGCAGCAGGUGUUUCUUUUCCGUCCUAUUAUUUAAUAUAUGCCGCCGUUCAGUUUCAUAUCGAUUGGAAUCAAAGAGUUAAUGAUAGAGUCGUUUUUACGCUUUUAUUAUUACCAGUAAACGUGUAUCACGUCAAGUUGAAGUAAUGUGGUACAGUUUCUUUUCCAAAGGGAGAAAUGGCGCGGGCUAAUGUUGGCUUGUUAACCAAGUGCCAUUUUGUGAAAUCGCACAUUGCCAGUUGCCAAAGUAACUUAACAUUCGUUCUCUGAAUAACGCAUUAUUUUAUUGCAUUUUUUCAUAUUCUCAGACCAAGCGAGUGUUUUCGAGGCUAAAGACGAUGUCCAAGUUGAUUAAUUUGAAGUUUGUGGACCCUUCAUGCAUCUGGGCCCAGCUGGACAGCCUCGCUGGCAUGGAGGCGGUGGGCAAGCAUCAGUACAACGAGCUGUUUGUACACAUGAACAAUUUCUAUGAGGAUGUCACCAGUGACGAGUGUGUGGUGACACCCUCCUCACUGGAGGAGGGACAGGUGUGUGUGGUGUACUGGUCCCAGAUGAAGAUAUGGUGCCGGGCCAGGCUGCAGUCCAUUGUCUCUGACUCGCAUAUGUCUCUUGCUUACUGUGACCUGCUGGACCAUGGAGAAUCUCUGGUUGUCCUCCUCAGCCAAAUCCGACAUGUCAAGCAGGACUUCCUCCAGCUGCCAUUCUGGAUGCGGAGGUUCCAUCUGGCGAGGGUCAAGCCCCUGACGCUCCAAGUGUCUUUUUGCGAGAAAGCCAAGCUGGCGCCAUCCAGCCACUGGGACAGCUCAGCCACAUCCUACAUGCAUGACCUUCUCAAGACUUCAAGUCAGAUGGAGGCUGUUCUAAUGAAGGACGAGUCCAACUCCACCGCCAUCGAGCUCUACGUGACCGUUAAGAGCGUCAAGAUAUGUGUGAAUGAUGAACUGGUUUCCAAGCAGUUUGCCAUUCACAGCCAAGACUGUUCUGACAGCAGCAAGCUGGAACAGCUCAAUGUUCACCAUUUUAGAUUUACACACCACAGCCUCAACACACCUGCCAGGAAGCCCGCAGCACGAGCCACAGCCACUCCAGUGCCAUUUACACUAGAAACUGCUCCUCCUCCAGUGAUGAGGCAAGCUAGACUUGGAGGCUGUGAUGGGAUGACAGCACCCUCUCAGAGCCCAAUGAGUGAGGGAACUAGCAGGUCAAAGCCCACAGAUGGACAAACGUUACCAGGCAGCCAAUCAGCAAGUGACUCGUCGAAGGAAUCUGUCUCCUCCUUGGCCGCCACGUUCAAGUCUCACCUCACUCUGUUCAGGUUCAUGAGGUUCCUCAAUCCGGCAAGCAGCUUUCAGGAGGCAGAGACAAAUGUGAGUCAACCCGAGGAUCUGAUUAAGUAUUCACCUCAACAUUCUUCAAGCUCAUCCAGCACAGGACAGGAAGUUCUGUCUCCCGCCCAGUCGGAUGUGAAGAAGAGGACCGAUGAUAACUCGGCGUGCACAAGACUUUCGGAGUGGUUGAAUCCACAGCCUUUGAAAGUCCAGUCAGAUGACGAUGUUGAUGAAGAUAAUCCGAUGCUUCCCAGUGCUCCCAAGACGGGUGAGAUUCUGGUGCACUCCGCUGUCCCGAUGGAGCUGUGCUCAAGCCUGGAUGAUGCCCCCAUCACUGAGACCCUUUGCAGGACAAUGGCGCGGGAGCAGUGCUGCCUGUCUCCCACGGAUCUUCUUAGUUGGCCCUCUGUGGGCCGAGGAAACAACACCGUGGUCAUCUCACACACAGCCGACCAGCCCCAAAGCUACCUGGCACCCUUCCUCAGUCACAUACUGCUCAGCACUAUCUUCACCAUCUCCUCUUCCAGAGUUGGCCCAGUAGCAGUGGUGCUGUGUCCCGGCUGGGAGAAGGUCCAGCUGGUGUGUGACCUUCUAGAGGAUAUCAAGGUUACCCGGCGCCUCAAUCCAACCUGCGUGCUGAUCGGUGGUGCCAAAGAUGAGGCCAAAGGCGUCAAGAUUCCUAAAGAUUGCCUGCUGCUAGUGACCACCCCCUUCAGCUUGGUCCGUCUGCUGUCAUGUCACUGCUUUCUGUUCCUGCGUUUGAGCCACAUUGUGUUGGAUGAGGCUGACCAGCUCUUCACGCUUGCUCCAGAACAGAUGAAGAGCAUUUUGCUGCAUUUUCAGAAGGUCAUCUCCCGCCAGGAAAUGUCCUCAUGUCCACAGCAGCUAGUCGCUGUGGCCAAGCGGUGGACGAGUCACAUGGAGGCUUUGGUGGCUGAGCACAUGCCCUACGCUUGUGUCAUUAUAGCUGCUCCCAAAGAAGCGGCGCUGUAUGGAAACGUGCAGCAGCUGGUCUUCAUGACCUUGGAGAGCGGCAAGAUCUCCACAUUGUUGAGUGCGUUGGAUUUCAGCCCUGACGCAGGCCAGAAGACUAUCAUCAUCUGCAACUCUGCUGAGGAGGUUGAAGAUGUCCACAAAGCUGUGAGCUGUAAAUCUGCAUUGUGUCUGAAGAUUCACGAGUAUUUAAUGCACACGUUGGACUCCGUACUCCAGCAGUGGGCCGAAAGCGUUGGCCCUGGAACACAAGUCAUUCUGGUCACUGCCACAGAGUGCCUGACGUGUUGGGGGCUGACAGAUGCCACCUGUGUGGUCCACUUUGGCUUCCCAAGUUCACCCAAAAUCUUUGGAAGCCGACUCUUUUGUAUGAGCAGCAACUUCAGAAAACUCACAGAUUCUCCUUCGUCCCAAGACCCUUUGUCGAAAAUCCAUCAAGUCUGCAGAUCCUUGCUGCUGGUCUCGGAGAAGAAUGCACAGCACGCUGGUGGGCUGGUGCGCUACCUCAGACGAAGCCACACCCUGCUCCCUGCGGAGCUGCUCUCUUUCGCAGAGGCGGCCGAUGUGGCCCGAGAGGAGCAGAAGACUAAGCGGCCACUCUGUCACCACCUGAAGAGCUUUGGAGUGUGCAGGUUCAGUGCCAUGUGUCCAGAUCGCCACAGGCUCAUAUUUCAACUGGAUCAGUCCAAACUUCCUGCUUCUGGACUCAUAGAGGUGUUGCCUCUCCACAUCAAGACUGCGUCUGUCUUCUAUGGUCGUAUAAUCCAGAAGGAGGACAAUGUCUUUGACAGCAUGGUGGCUGACAUGACGUCUUACUAUGCUGACAGCAAGCCUUGUCCUGAGGAGGUGCUACAAGGAGGCUUAUACGCUGUGCAGGAUAACGACAAUUUCCACAGGGUGAAGGUCCUGACUGUCCCCGACACCCAAGGCCGCCUAUUUUUCAGUGUCCUCGUUCGUUUCAUUGAUGUCGGAAAAGAGGAAGAAGUCAAAUCCCACCAGAUCCUGCGACUGCCUGAGCAAUUCCACUCUUUGCCUGCCCAGGCUGUGGAGAUGAUCCUGUGCCAGGUGAAGCCUGGUGACGCAGAGCCUGACUGGCAUCCCAAGGUGACCAGACUCAUCAGCCAGAAGAUACAGGGUGUUAAGCACCGAGCCAGAGCCGUCCUCAGUCUGGGAAACACAGUCUUUCUGGAUUUUAUGGUUCUGGAGAGUCGGGUGGCCGGUAUGAAGACCGUGAUCAAUGAGCACAACGCUCCCACUCUCAUUUUGAAUACGGGCAUGGCAGAACGAAACCCAGAUCAUCUGGACCAGUUGAAGCUUCUCACUCAGGAAGGAACAACCAACCAUGUAUGUGGUGGGAAUCAAAACAGUGACCCUCCAGUCAAGCCCGAGUACUUGCAGAUGAGCAACAGUUUACACAUGAGGAAUACAUCUGAUGAAGGAGUCAAGGAGUUUGAUGCAUCGGAACUCAAGCCACUUCCUCUUCUCCAUGAAGUAGACAAGAAGACAAACGUCCAAACUUCUUCAGAUAUCAGCAGAAAUGAAACGGGUCCUGACAUAACAACCAACCAGAUGGCUCAUCUUAACGACAAAGAUGAUGUUACUGCUGGUGAAGAUCAAAACAACAAUGAGCUGUGCCAUGGAGACGGUCACAUGACCAAGAGUCUGCACCCUCAGGUCCGCUGGUAUCAGACAUCCACGUCACUGAGCAUCACACUGAAGCUGAGGGACCCACAAAAUCAGCGCUGCGACUUCCACACCGACCGCGCGGUGUACAGUGGCAUUGUGAAUGGUUGCCGCUACGGAGUGGAUCUGGAUCUUCACGCGGCCGUGUGGGCUGAGCACUGCCGCUGGGAGCUAAAGUACAACGAGCCCGUCCUCACGCUGGUCAAAAAAGAGCCUGGCUACUGGCCUACGCUUCUUAGGAGCAAGAACAUUUUUGUGAAUUACAACUACGAACAUCUGGAGGAGGACGACACUGUGUCAACUCCUAGUGAAGUGUUUGUGGGUGACACGGGAGAAGAGCACCACUUUGUCAAUGGGUACAGCAGCACCGACAGCGACUCCACAUGCUGAACACACUUGUUUUUAUGCUGCGAGGAGACCUCCACCAAAGCCUAAUGAUGUGAAUACUGUAUUCCGUAACGACGGUGCAGGUGACACACUUGAAUGGUACAAGAUGAUGUUUAGGUUCUAGAAGUCCUACAAUAGACUCGAGAACCCUGUUGAGACGUGACCAAAGAAGUACAAAACAAAGUCUGGAACAUGACACGAAUGGGCGCGUUAUUGUAAUCUUGAUAACAUAUUAAUCAUUUAGUUUAACUAGGUCGAUGCAGUGCCGUGAAAAAGUAUUUGCCCUCUUGUUAAAUUCUUACUUUUUUUUUUAGAACCAAAAUCAAGUUGUUUCUAUAGUUGGCAAUGAGUCGUUUACAUGUCUGUGGCAGGGUUUUAAUAGUGUUGGAUUUUUGUUUUUUAUUCCACGUUAACUUUUGUUUGAAGUCACUGAUGGCGUAGUGGUACGCUCGCCUGACUGAUGUGCGGGCAGCGUAAGAUCGGUUCCCAUUCAGGGACACUGUAGAUGUGGGUGUGAAUGGUUGUUUGUCUCUAUGUGCCCUGCAACUGACCAGUUCAGGGUGUAGUCGGUCUUUCGGCCAAAUUCAGCUGGGAUUGGCUCAACCAACCCCACGACCCUGUUCAGGAUAAGUGGUGUUGAACAUGGAAAUGGGAAGGAUGUUAACUUACAAUACAAUACA